AUCACCAUCGGCUACCGCGGCUCCUACACCAUCGGGCGGGAGGCGCCGGCCGACGCCAAGUUCCGCCGCGUGGCGCGCAUCACCGUGUGCGGGAAGACGGCGCUGGCCAAGGAGGUCUUCGGCGAGACGCUCAACGAGAGCCGCGACCCGGACCGGCCCCCCGAGCGCUACACGGCCCGCUACUACCUCAAGUUCAACUUCCUCGAGCAGGCCUUCGACCGCCUCAGCGAGGCCGGCUUCCGCAUGGCCGCCUGCUCCUCCACCGGCACCUGCGCCUUCGCCCCCGAGCAGGGCGGCCUCGCCGACGACAAGAUCUGGACCAGCUACACCGAGUACGUCUUCUGCAGGGAGUGA